GUGGUAACUCUUCCUCCAAAACAUGUGACGAGUGGUAUAGCAUUUGGAGCCGAAGAAGAGAGGUCUUCAGCCACAGCUCUAACACAGCAGACAGCAAAAGAUAGAGAGCUGCUAAGACCACUGUUAUACUUUUCGCUGCAGAAAGGCAAAUCCAGAGAAGAUGAGCCAAGUUUGGUCAGGAGGCUAUUCCUGACCCUUUGCCUGCCCUCUCAAUAAAUGCCUUUUGGCAAAUAGCGAGAGAUGCCCUACGGAGAGCUGUAUUCGUAUCUUACAUCUCUGAUUAGUUGCUGGCAAGGAAAGAUAUAUCUUUCUUUUUCCCCGUGGGAUUUAGCUAGCAGACACUAUUUGCAGCAUCUUGGAAUGCCUUUCAGCUUUCGUUGUUCUCGUUUACCUCAUUAAUGGAAGUUUUACCCCUUCUCAAUCCUUUUUGGCUAUGGUGGCUCAUUUGUUUGUAUGUGACCAUUGCACUCUGCCUUGUUUAUUAAUCUCCAUCUCACUUGUGGUACAAAUCAGAGCCCAGCUACGCUUGUUUGCCCUCCUUCCUUUCUCACCAUGUCUCCCUUGGACUUGAACCAAGUAUGUGUUAUCCCUAUAGAAGAGGGAGGUUACGCACUAGCAAAUCCUUCUUCUUCCUUCUCAUGUCCCGAUCUCUUCGGUGUCCGCCACGAUGAAAGAGGACGUUACUGCAUCGGCCAUCACCUCCAUCAGCCACAGCAAGAGCCCGAGGAAGAGUUCCAAAUAGCUGGAUCGAGCGAUGAGUACACGACACAACGUCCUGCUGACCCCAGCGAUGGCAUUACAGAAGAAGAACCGGCGAGGCCUGGUAGAUGGAUGUCGCCUAAGAUGUGCUUUGUGAGGAAGACGAUGAAUUCGACUCACAUCGUAGUAAGCGAACCGAGAGGAAACAGGCUAGUUUCUGAGUUUAGUACAUACUAUCGAAGUAGCAGCUCUCCCGGUGGCAUCAUCAGAGUCUGCAGCGAUUGCAACACAACCAAGACUCCUCUGUGGAGGAGUGGACCUCGUGGCCCCAAGUCGCUCUGUAAUGCGUGUGGAAUUCGACAAAGGAAGGCGAGGCGAGCGAUGGCAGCAGCGGCUCUAAACGGCGGACUAAUCCCGGCUGAUGCUCCAUCUCAAGUGCAAAAAGAGAAGGAAUUAGAUGUCGAUCGAACUCUCCCCUUCAAGAAACGGUGCAAGGUUGACACUGCCAGUAGUAUGACUGCGACGAAGCUUUGCUUUGGUGAAGCUAAACUAAGCUCGAACAGGAGCUCUGCAAUCAAGAAAGUCUUCCCGCAAGAAGAGAGAGAUGCAGCGAUACUGUUGAUGGCUUUAUCAUGUGGCCUUAUUCGCAGUUGAGCUCUUAUGCAUCAAUGAAGUAUAUAUUUGUGAUGGUGUGAAUGCUAUUUACGUAUGUGUUUGCCGAGUGAUAAGCUUGUGGAAGAAACAAGCUCUUAGGGAAUUCUAAAGGACUAUGCUUGUUCUUGAGGAAACCUAAUGGUGUCUUGGUAUGAUAUCA